UUUAUUUUAGACCAGAUGGGAGUGAAGGAGCAAAUACAGAAACUAAAUGACGUAAAGAAACACUGCGACUUCAAAGCUCAAGGAACAGAAGCCAAUGAGCUGCACUCCUGCUCUCAGUGUGGAAAGAGUUUCCAAAAUAAAAUAAACCUUAAGACACACAUGAGAAUUCACACUGGAGAGAAACCGUAUCCAUGCACUCAGUGUGAGAAGAGUUUUACUCAUGCAUCAGAUCUCAGUGUUCAUCUGCUCCAUCACUCUGGAGAAAAAGCAUUCAACUGUGAUCAGUGUGGUAAAGAUUUUAUUUCAUCAUCACAACUAAAACAACACCUGACAGUUCAUUCAGAUGAGAAGCCUUAUGUGUGUUCUCUCUGUGGAAAGAGUUUUUCAUGGCUGAAUAGUUUUAAACGGCACCAGAAAACACAUAAUGAAGUGAGAGAUCAUGUGUGUUGUGACUGUGGGAAGAGCUUUAUUACAUCUCAUGAUCUGAAACUGCACCAAAGAAUUCAUACUGGAGAAAAACCUUACAAGUGCUCAUAUUGUGACAAGAGUUUCACUUAUUCUAGAAACCUGAAACUACAUGAGCAAAUUCACUCUGGAGAGAAGCCGUACUACUGUACUCAGUGUGGAAAAGGUGUUACUUCACCAUCAUAUCUCAAAAGACACCUAACUUUUCAUACAGGUGCUAAGCCUCACUUGUGUUCUCUCUGUGGAAAGAGUUUCAGAGAAAAAGGACACCUUAAGACACACAUGAGAAUUCACACUGGAGAGAAACCGUAUCCAUGCACUCAGUGUGGAAAGAGUUUCACAUCUUCAUCCUUACUCAAGCAUCAUUUGCGUAUUCACUCUGGAGAAAAAACAUAUAACUGUGAUCGAUGUGGUAAAGGGUUUAUUUCGUCAACACAUCUAAAAUCACACCUGAAAGUUCAUUCAGACGAGAAGCCUUAUGUGUGUUCUCUCUGUGGAAAGAGUUUUUCACGGCCUGACAGUUUUAAACUGCACCAGAAAACACACGAUGAAGUGAGAGAUCAUGUGUGUUGUGACUGUGGGAAGAGCUAUACUACAUCUACUUAUCUGAAACGGCACCAAAGAAUUCAUACUGGAGAAAAACCUUACAAGUGCUCAUAUUGUGACAAGAGUUUCACUGUGUCUGGAUCUCUGAAAUCACACGAGCGAGUUCAUACUGGAGAGAAGCCGUUCCACUGUACUCAGUGUGAGAAGAGUUUUAAACAUUUAUCAAGCCUUCGUGCUCAUAUAAAAAACUGUUGUAAGUGAUCAACAUUCGUUUUCAUAUCAACUACAUUCAGAUAAAUUCCACAAGAUAAAAUAUGGAGGAUCUAGGUUUUUUUUUUUUGUUUAAAUAAUUGAAAGACUAGAAAGACUUCAGAGGUCAAGCUUCAACAGUGUUAAUCUUUUUUGUGUGCAAAAUCUCUCUGCAUGGAUUGUGUGCUUAGUAGGUCUAUCUUGAAUUAUAUUUAUGUCACUUACUUAUUUACAAAGUUUACUAUAUUGUCUUCUGAUAGUACAUGCAAUUAUGAGAAAUAAACAGAAAAAAAUAAUUGUCUUGACAAAAGGUGUUUAACUGUGUUUAACUUGUUUAAACUGAAAACAAGUCUAAUAUAUGUUUUUGGAAAUAGUUUUUAAAACACGGUAAGUCUAUCUUCACAGCCUCACUUUCAUGCCUAUCAUGUCGCUGCUCUGAAUAAGGUCUAGGCCCCUGUU